AUGCGAUUUGACUAUAUUGGCAAAGCAGUUGAAAACAUAGAAUUCGCUUUUCGGCUUUCGGCUCGGAGGAGGCUAUGGCGCCACUUUCUUCGGUCUUCCCGAAUCCGGGUUCAUCCGACACCAGCCGCCUCCACCACGCCACCCAAGUUUGACCCCAACGAGAUGAAAAUCGUGUACCUGAGGUGCACCGGAGGCGAGGUCGGCACCACAUCGGCCUUGGCCCCCAAGAUCGGUCCUUUGGGUCUGUCUCCAAAAAAGGUCGGUGAUGACAUUGCCAAGGCUACUAGUGACUGGAAAAGUCUGAGAAUUACGGUGAAACAGACCAUCCAGAACAGACCGGCCCAGACUGAGGCGGUGCCCUCCGCCUCUGCUCUGAUCAUCAGAGCCCUCAAGGAGCCACCAAGAGACAGAAAGAAGCAGAAGAACAUUAAACACAGUGGAAACAUCACUUUUGAUGAGACUGUCAACAUUGCCAAGCAGAUGUGGCACUGGUCUUUAGCCAGGGAGGCUUCUGGAACUAUUAAGGAGAUCCUGGGUACUGCACAAUCUGGGGGCUGCAAUGUGGAUGGCCGCCACCCUCAUGACAUCAACAGUGGUACAGUGGAAUGCCCAGCUAGUUAA